AUGAAAUCAUCAAUCUUCAUUUUGGUGGCCGUAUUGGCUUUGGGUUUAACCGUUAAUGGCUCGCCGGUUAAUUUUGAGAAAAGGCGAUUCGGUCAGGAGCAUUCCCCCCAAGCCGAAGCUGUUUAUAGCUGCAUGAAAAACCAAGCCGCGUCUGCUAACAAAGCACUUGAAGCUGUUGGUCAAGGUCCUAAUGCUGGAAUUCAAUUCGAAGCUGAUGCUGGAGCCCUAGUGAAUGCAACUGUAUUUUCUCUUUUAGCCAAAGCUGGUGCAUGUGAUCAGCAAAAAGCUGCUGAUGCAUGCUUUGACCUUGCUGAUAGAAUUAAUACUGCAUUAAGUAGUACAAGUAGUGCAGAAGGUCAAGGAAUAUCUGAUACUCUUAAAACUUGCUGCAAAAACCUUCGACAACUUGAACGUAACACUAAUGGUAUUGGUGUAAAAUCUGCAGAUUGCAAAGAAAAACCAAAACACAAAGAACUUGAUGGAUUAAAACAAGCUCAAGAUCCAUCUGCGGUAGAAGCCACUCCUACAGCUCCAGAACAACAACCAACUAAAGCUCCAAAAAAGAACCAAAAAAAGAAACAAAAGAAACCAAAAAAGAAUCAGCCGACUUGCACUGAAGAACCAAAACAACAAACAACUGAUGAACCAAAAGAGAAACCAAAAGAGAAACCAAAAAAGAAUCAGACUAAAGAUUCAAAACAAUCAGAACAAACUCCAGCAGUCACCACUGCCCCCACCUCCACAGCUUAA